UGCAGAUGGAUUUCAGUCCUUUAGCUCCUUUCUUCAUCGAUUUAUAAACCUAGACUAAAAGCAUUGCGCCGAUAACUUCGCUCCAAUGUGCUAAAGGAUGCCUCAGUCCACAAACCGGCCUGGGACGGACAUGAGAAAGUUUUAGUCGCUUGUCGCUAUGUUAUUAGGUUAUCAGGUUUAAGUUCUACUCUUCCCACACUCCUCCUGCGUUGAAGAAGUCCCAGCCUGCGAUUGAAGAAGCCCGUGAGUGAGCUACGAAAGUCUUCUCGUCUCUGUGGCCUGGUUCAGUCUGAAGAAGCAGCAGGUGAACUCUGCGUCUGAAGAAGCAGCAGUUCUAUUUCAUCCAGACUUUGAUAAUUCCGUUGAUUAAGAAAAUGGAUCACCAACAACAGAACCCCCCUGAUCCAGAUGAUUGUGAGCAACAAAGGAUCAUAAAAGUCUCACAUGCAGAGGGUGAUGUACUUUAUGAUCUCUGUAUAAACGCCUGGCGGGAGGACUUAGGAUCAGGAAACAAAAUCUCAAACAUCAACGUCUUGCCAAGGCCUCCACGUGAUGAUGCUGAUACAAAGUACGUCCAUGUGAGGUUUGUUUGUGAAAGAGAGUCCCAAGAAUACACCUGCACGGGAAAGUUCAAAUAUCAUGACUUAUACCUGAUUGGGAUACAGAACAGAAAGGGUGAUUGGUUUGAUUUAAGUGAGAGCGGGGUAGAUUUUGGUACAUCUACACCCUUGCCUGUUGGGAUAACCUAUGGAGAUUUGCUAACUGCUUCCGAAAUGAGCUCAUUGGACAUUACCCCUAAAAGUGGAGUAGCUAUACGGGAUGCAAUAACUUUUAUAUCCAAGUUAGACAAGGAUACAAAUCUGAACGAGAAGAAGCAGCUUAUAGCAUCUUCUCUCCUCACUUUAAUUCUGGUUUUCUGUGAAGCUGCAAGGUUUAACUCCAUAAAGAGACAUGUCCGAGAAAAAUGGUUUGCUGAAGGUGAUUGUAUAUUGGGUCAUGAAGACCUAUGGAUGCAAUCUGUGGUCCAUAACUGGAAGAACAUGUCAUUAUUACUCAUUGAAGAUGAUAAAAAUGGAGGCAGGACAAGAGAGGAUUUGAACCAAAAAGUGGUGAAUUACCAGAUUAAGGUAGGAAGAGAUAACUUCUUGACAUCUGUUGAAGAUGUCGUAAGAGAAAUUGGUAUAAUAAAGCAAAAGAAGCCGAAAAAGAGAGGCAAAAAAACAAGGCAUCGAGUUAAAAGCUCAAGGGCAGGUGAAAGCUCAAGGGUAGGGUGAACAAAUCUGUGUGCGGAUUCCCUUCAAAACUUUCAGAUAUUGAAUCUAAAUGGCUGUCAAAAGAUCUCAGACAAAGGAAUUGAAGCCAUAACAGGGUCACAGAUGCUGGCAUAAUGCACUUAGUGAGAAACUGCAAUUGUGAUUGAUUUGAAUUUGAGUGGCUGUAAGGUGCAUCAAGCUGACAGAUAGUGGUUUGAAAAGAAUAUUGCUGAAAUGUGCUUCUCUUCAAAGUCUGAACCUUUAUGCCCUUUCUGUCACAGAUUUACGGAUGAAGCUUACAAGAAGAUACCACUUUUGCCUCAUCUGAAAUUCCUGGAUCUUUGUGGUGCCCAGGUGUGAUAUUUCUUUUUCACGUUUUGAUUUUAUUUGACAUCUUGCUUCGGAAGGUUCUUCCAACACAUGGUGCAGUGUGGUCAAAUGGGUUAUGUACACUUGUCAAUUUCAUGUAUCGGAAUUUCAUGUAUUGCAACACUGUAAAACGGUACUGUCUCUCAAUCUGACAUGGUACGUUUGUGCAGAGGGCCUACCAUCUAGAGUAAAUAGAAAUUUUUCGUGUACGGUAUUAACUUACGAGUUGUAAUCAUAUCUCUGACAGGUGUGUAAGAGUUACCAAUAUGGGGGUCAUAGCAACUGCGCAAGGCUGCAUUUCCCUCAAUUUUCCUAAGUUUAUUUGGAAUAGUUGGGUGACUGAGAAAUCCCUGGAGGCACUCUCAGGCUCCUGUUCAAAAGCACCAACUUUGGAUGUGAAUGGCUGUAAUGGCAUAAAGAACUGAAACCGGCCGGGAUCAACUGCUCAAGAUGUUUCCAAACCUGAAGUGCUUCAAAGUGCAUAGCUGCUGUUUGGUUGUUUGGAUUCAAACCUUUCUUUGGGAGCAUAUAUCACCACAUUAGGUCUUUCUAAUGCAGUGGUGCAACAUAACCUGUUGUUAAAACAUCCCUCCUAUGAGCUACUAUAGUUCAAUUGAAAAUGUUUUUUCCUUUGCCUUUGCAGAAGGUUUCGAACUUGACAUGUAUGAUAUAACUUGCAUUUUUUUCCUUCAAUCGAAAUAAUAGAAAGCAAUGACAUCAAUCCUUAUCUGUGCCUAUUUUCA